AUGUCGGAACCUGCUAGUGCCUUCACUGAAACUGUUUCUUCAUCAAGCAGUGAUAAAUGGACAGCAAGCAAGCUCACUACUUGCCCCUAUACAAAGGAGCUAGCUGGUCUUAUGUAUGAAGAGAAAUUCUUUGACCAAAUCUCUGAAGCAAAAGAUCUUCUAACAAAAUCUACACGUGAAAUCCCAUCCACCACCUCUCCUUCUCUUAGAGAAGCUUACAAAAUGAAUCACUCAGCCCAAAGUAAUCUUACCAAAACAUUGAACAUAUAUCUCUCGACUCGUUCCCUGUUCUCUUCAUACAUUCACCAAGAGACAGGAUGCAGUGCUCAAGAUGAACAUACUGGUUGUGGUGUGAUUGAACAAGUUGUUAAAGAGAUAACUGAAGAUGUCGUCACUUCUGUAUUGACAGAAGAUGCAAUAGAUCUUCUGACUUCAUCAUCAUCAGAUGAAUCAACUGAAAAGCUGGGAUCUGAGACCAGUGAUGAUGAUCAAGCUAAGGAUGAUGGGCAAAAUGUUUCAGCUCUGAUCAAAAUGUUUGAGAGUCUGACAUCACAAUCCCAACAAACUACUACUGCAAAAGGAAGAGACAAAACGGACAUGAACAAUUCGAGACGGAGUGGUAUUAGUAUCAAUACUACCUCACCGACUGAAAAACCCGCCAAGGAACCUGUUUCUGAAAUCAUUAGUCAUCGUUCUACAAUUGCUAGCCGGACCGAGAUUGCUGAGUAUUUGAAAAAACUUGUAUCACUUUCUCAACAAUCCACACAGAAGACGGUUGAUAAUACUGCCAAAUUCACUCCAAAGACUGGUCCAAUCACAAUACAUACUACUCCGCCAUCUGAUGAAUUCAUCCAAACGUCACCUUCUGCAAUCAGUACAAAUAACAAUCUUUCCUUUACAACAUCAGGACGGACUGUCACUACACAAACUGAAAGACUCAAUCAUCUGUUGUCACCCACUCAAAAAUCCUCCAUGGUGGAAAGGCAGAAUAAUACUUCCAAUGUGAAUUCAAGCAAAUUGAUCAAUCUUCUGGCAAACAUGGUCCAUGUCUUGGAUUCAACAGCUGGGUUAUCACAUACCACCUCACCUCAAGAUUUUUAUUCUCUCAUCAAGGAACAAGAAGGUCAAUCAUGGCACAUCAAGUUACGUGAUAAAGCCCCAGCUGACCAACUUAAAGAGGUAACUGAGGGUUCUCUGAACCAACUAGCCCGGAAAAUUGUGGAUUCAGCCUAUACCGACCAGGUGCUAAGAGAAGGAAUACCCUCAUACGUUAGGAGGAAUCUCCAGACAAAGCUGCAUUUUUCGCCUCAUAUGGAUCAGCUUGGUAUCACCGGAAGGGACAGUCAGAUCACAGCUGUUCAGAGGGCUUCAGCCAGGCUCGAGUUUUCUUCUUUGUUACGUUCCCAAAUGGACGAGAGUAGUAGGAAUUCUCAAGACUUACUCAGGGAGAUUGUGGGGGUCCGGUCACGUAGAGAUAUGCUCGUGAGUGGCCUCGAAAGAUGUCCGGAAGAUCUGUCUUUUAAUUCUUUCUAUGGUUUUUAG